AUGACAGAUUACUCCAAAGAUUUUCACGAUUCACGUCGAUCAUGGUUCGUUUGUGCCUCGUCGUUCGUAGUGCAGUUCAUUAUUUUUGGAAUACACAGUUCAGUGGGGAUUUUCUUCAUUGCCUUUGGAAAGGAAUUUCAACGCAGUGAAUCCGCCACAGGUAAAUUCAUUUUUGUUAACAUACCCUAGAUUGGUACACUGUGUUUUAAUAUUCCAUUUCAUUUCAAUAGCUAGAGGGUAAUGAAAUAGAAUCCUUGCAGGUUAGGUAAAUGGCAAAUGCAUGACCGAGAAGUAAUAUUUAUGAGGCAUUGUUCCCAUGCGUUUUAAACAAUAAUUUUCAAGGACGCAGCAUUACCAGGCUUCAAAGUAGCUAACCAUUACACACAAUUUUCUGUUCUUUCCAUGGUUAUCAACUUGCUUGGGAAGGGGAUAUGAUGAUAUGAGUUAUUAUUUCCGACAAUAAAUGUUACAAGACAUUCAUAUUAUUUAUUUACGUUCUGUCCGUUAGAUGACAGGUAACAAAAACCAGCACCGCUUGUUAGAACGGUUGCGGGUUGCUUUAAAGUACGUGAGAGAUUCAUUUUUUAAAGUCAUGUUUGUGCCCUUUCGUUGACCGCCAUCUGUGCAUGGGUCCGGUAAAUUUGUUUAUCAAAUACUUGUAAUAUUAUAUAGUUUCCGGUUUUAAAAAUCCGAAAAAACGUGACUUUUUAAUUAGUCAGUCAUAAUUUUCAAGCCCAGGGGGAGAGCUUGCUGUUAUAUCCCCACCCCACCUAAGAACAUACUAUAUGAUAUAUAUAGCUGAUCCGUUUGCCUCGACAAUACAGUCAGAUCCCGUUUUAAAAUACGGACAUAAUGUCCAUAUUAACGGGGUGUCCGUACUUAGGCGAGUGAGGCUUUCUUUCCCCAGGGACAAUUGACUGAAUUGAAGCAAAGUGCCGGUAAUAACGAGGUGUCGGUAUGAAACGGGUGUUCUUAAAGCGAGAUUCGACAAUAACUGAGAAUGGCUUCCAAGUAAUCAAAGCGCAAUUCUCAAGAGGUGAAUAAAAAGGAAAAAGAUCCACAACCCAAUUCCUCACCAAACUCGACCCUGUGUUACACUUAGACCAACGUGGUUGAAAUCUAUACCUCUAAUAUGUAAUUUUAUGCUAAAAGGCUCUAACUUAUACCCUUUGGCACCGUGUAUCACCUCUAAGGCUAAAAAAGAGGGAGUGCCCCCCGGGAUGAAAGCGAACCAAUAUAUUUUUUUAAGGUUUUAGCGGCAAUCCACAUGCACUGGGGCUCUAAAGCCCUCUUCUCCUAACAUAUCGGGGUAGGCUGCGCUAAAAAUGCAUAGGUACCUUUUUUCGAGGCCUUCUCGUAAUUGAGAAUUCAAAAUGGUUAACAUUUUUCAAUGAAAUGGCAUAUAAAAAGGUAUAUUAAGGGGUGGUACAUCUAGGUAGUUCCUCCAAGAUGAAUUUUUUUGAGAAACCCUAGCGCCUCUUUGUGGGGCAUGUUCGUACAAAUUCCCACAUGAUCAGCUGUGCAUGAAGAUUCUUCCCACGAUAUAAGAAGAAGGGGUGGAAAAUUCUUUUAAUUAUGUUCAUGCAAAAUUUUCCUGACGACAAAUGAAGCGCGUGUUUCAUGUUUCACCUAAAAACUAAAAACUCUAAUGACCUAUCUUCCGAUUCGGCUGAUCCAGCUUUCAUCAGUCCAGAAAAAAAAGCAAGGUCAUAUUCCUCCGAUCUCAGUUCCUCAUCCUUCCGCCACGUGCAAAUAUCGUGUUGAAAUGUCAUUUAAACCGCCAACGUGGUUGUCGUUUAUGCACACUACGAGCAGUCCCUCAUUUUCCUCAGGGACAAUGGACCAAAUUGCCUGUUUCUGACGUUCAUUUGGUGGAGAGCGAGUUAAAUUGUACGCGGCGAGCACAAAAGGAAAACGAGGGUAAAAAAAUAAUAAAGAGGGGAGACCUUUUCCGUCCCAUUUUUCCCUCGUCAAUUUUCGCCAGCGCCCUACUAUCUGAACGUGUAGAACAGGCUAUGGAGCGAGGGAAUACGCGAGCGCGUGAGACUGAAGCUCGCCAUCCGCUAGGAAGGUGACGCCCGUCUCCGCUUCUCCUCUCGCUCGUGGCAAUUUUUGGGCGCUUUAAUUGAGGGACUACUCGUAAUCUAUUGUUUACGUUUAGGAUUACGGGGAACAAAUGGAGGAGUGCAGCUUCUGCGAGCGUACGGCUGGGGGAAACUCACAUAAAUUUAAGUUGCGGGGUUGCUGCGUGCUUCCUAAUUAAGCAAUGCGAAGUUAAUAUAGAGCUGAUGUUUGUUUUCCCUGUUAGCAGAGUCCUCUUUUCCCUGGUAUUCGGCGGGGAAAAGAGCCCCGGGGUACUCCCCUAUAAAAGUGACGGGGGCGCUCGUCGGAAAAUUUCGAGAACACCCAUAAAAGGUACCAGUAAUCUUGUUUUUCGGGCGUGUCCCAAAUUCAUUUCCACCCCUAAGAGGUAUCAAUUCAACAAAAACAAACUAUAUAACUGGCACUGCAAAUUUUAAAGGUAAUAAAGACAACUUUCGAACACUUUCAUCUAGAGGACUUUUUGAAAGUAUUGUCAGAAAUCUUCAUCCUGAUAAAGCGUAUCAUGUCUAACAGAAUCUGGCAGUAGUCAUUUUAGGUUUUCGCACCCUUAGCGGUACCAACCCACAAAUAUAAACCUCUAAACGGUACGGCGAGCAUUCCCGUCAAUUUUAUAGGGGAGUACCACCCCCCCUCCCCACCGGGGAAAAGAGGCCUCGGCUUGCAGGAAGUCAAGGGCAGGGCUUGAGCGGAUGGAACCAAAUGAUCAAUAAAGAGACCGGUAGACACUGGUCUCCAAAACUUAUUUUUGGGGUUAGAAAAAAACUUUUUAUUCCGACAAAACGCCGUUAUGGAACCAAAUGAUCAAUAAAGAGAGUCUCAAUGGGGUGAACCUUUAGCCGACAAACGGUUAGCUCAAUAGGAUAAGUGCCGGUCUGCUGAGUGGGAGGCCGUAGGUUCAAACCCCGGCCGGACCAACAAUCAGGAUCUUUAAAUAACUGAGGAGAAAGUGCUGCCUUUGUAAUAACAUCGGCAAACGGUUUGACAUUCUAGUCUUCUUGGAUAAGGACGAUAAACCGUAGGCCCCGUGCACACUCUUCACAAACUCCUUCCUUCCACAGGUAAUAAAAAUCGGAACUUUGCCUUACAUUUGUGCAAGAACCCAUCUUUUUUUUAGUCACGUUUUCGCGCUUAAGUGUUUAAUUAGUUAGGGCAAUUUUAUGCCCUUUUUAUUGUUAUAUUUUAUAUACUUUUUUUUAUUAUUAUUGUAAUGUCUUUAUUGUAAUGUCUUUCGUAAUUCAGCCUAUGGCUGCAAGGUAUUAAGACAAUAAAGCAUCUAUCUCUAUCUCCCGUCUCACAAGCCCUUGAACAUGUAAUAAAAAAUCCGUAGGACGUUAAAGAACCGACACACUCUUCGUAAAAAGUAGGGCACGUAGUGCCCGUUGUAGUGGUCUAUCUGACUUUCACACUCAUGUAUGAAGGCAUCAUUACUCAUGCCUUCACUACUUGUAAACUGCACCUUACGCAGUCUGGUAAAGUCCCCCAACCAGUGUUGUAAAUUAUUCCUGAAAAGCUCUGAGGGGAGUGGAUAAUAUGAUAUUUACACAUUUACAGUUUUACAUUUACACGCAUAAAUUUAACCGUCAAUCGUCAAAAAAGGUGAUUUUUUACCGCCAACCGUAAAAAAUGCAGAUUAAAAUUUAACCGUCAAAACGUUUCAAGGUAUUUCAAAUCAGCUGAUCUUCACAAGAUUCUUGCUCCAGAGGAGGCUCUAAACUGGAAAAACCAGUUCCCAUGUUCUCUAAAACACUCUCUCUAGACAUUACAAGACCGCACAACUUACUUGUAUCUGAAAAUAUCUUGAAAUCAUUAUAAAUGAAAGGCUAAGACAACCUCCAAACCACAACAGUUAAUAUUAAUUCACAUAGAAGGUAACAUUUACUUAAACUCUUGAAAUAAAUUUCUAAAAUUUAACCGUCAAAAAAGCUACACCCCAUUGAGACCCUAAAUAAACACCGCCCUGGAAUGAACGGAGCACCCAAUCAGAAGAGUGCGACGUUUAUUCCUGGAUUUAUAAGAUUAAACAUCUUUCCUUUAUACAUAGUAUUUGUCUUAUCGUAAUUGGUGUCAAUACAAACAGUAGGUAGUAUAACUUUUGUUGUUCUAUAUAAGUCUCAUUCUUUUGUAUGCGCAUUUGAUCAUAUAAUUCUAUAAAACGCCAAUGCGUUAAAUCGAAUAAAUACGAUAUCUUAUGAUAGUUUAGGGGCGUAAAUAAAAGAUAACACACAGAGAAGGCUAAAACGCACUGCAGGCGAACUAAGCUAAAUAAGACAAAACAGCUUGUAACCAGACUGCGGUGUCUGAAAUCAAACGACAACUUUAGUGGCCCUCAGUCUAUUUACAAAACCAAUUGAAUACAAGUCUAAACAACAUUGACUGUAAGAGUCACACUACUAAACAUUCGGCUAUUUUCAGUUUCGAUAUUUUAUUUUACAUACAGGAAAUUUGUCUCAAAAUCGUAAUUUUUGGUGACAUUUUUCUUUCUGUUCUUAAAAAUGCUCGCCUUAGACGACCAUGCUGUUUAUUACGGCAUCAAGUUAACAAAAUUUAAAACAUUUACUUAGGCGCUAACUGUGCACUUUGGAGAAUGCGUCAAAAGGUGGAAAAAAAAAAAUCUGAACGGAGGUGCCAAAAGUGUUCAUUGAUAAAGGCUGAGUUUCGAGAAAUACAAAGAAGUAUACUUGUCAUAUAUUGGGUCAAAUUAUUGUAAGUUUGUUACUUGUAAGUGUUUCCAGAGCCGAGCAAAAUUUUCAAUUGUAAUUUCAGUGUCUUCUCUGUUGCAGCCUGGGUGGGAUCGCUUGCGUUUGGUGUAAUGUUUUUCAUGGGACCGCUGGCCACCGCCCUGUGCGAUAACAUGGGAUGCCGAGUAGUCACGUGCGUUGGAGGUCUUCUCUCAUUUAUUGGACUCUUCACUACGUCAUACGUUACAAAUUUCGUUUUGCUGUAUUUCACCUAUGGCCUACUCUGGGGAGUGGGAACAAGUUUUUGUUAUUUCGCUUCUUUAGUUAUUUUACCCAUGCAUUUUAGAAAAUAUUUAUCAUUAGCUUACGGAAUCGCCAUUGCUGGAGCUGGACUGGGCGUUCCGCCGAUGACGUGGUUGAUUAAUCAACUUAUCGGAUAUUACGACUGGAGAGUGACAAUACGAAUUCUUGCGGGAAUCACGCUGCUCAUGUGUGCUGCAAGUCUGAGCUACGGUCAAAUUGCUAUAUCACGGAGGCUUUAUCUUAAACUAGACAAGAAAGAAUUAAUUAGAAAUUUACAUGGUGGUAUUCAUCACAAGCUUAAGUUACAUUUAUUGGAAUUUAUUAGUUUAAACCCCUGGAACAACAAGGCUUUUGCGGUUUGGGCAGUUUCUUUGAGUUUUAUCGCGUUUGGAAACUUCAUACCGUUCGUCUUUUUGGUAAGUACAAAUUUCUUGUUUCGGUUCAUGGCAAAUGUUCCAAUAAAAGCGGUUGUUUACCAUUUACCAAACUUUUCCGCAAAAUCCGGUUGGGAAGUAAAUGGAACGCAACUUUUUGGAUGGUUUCAGAGGAAAAUUUCCGGGAGCAACGGAACAUCGAAAAAGUAGUGCUGUUUUUCGGACGGAAUGUUCCAAACGAAAAUUUGUGUUCCAUUUCAAGCCAUUAUUGUUACCAGUUUCAGGCCUUGGCGGCUGUUUUUUAAAUGGAACUAAUUUGUACAAAUGGCUAAGGCGAUUCCGACACGAUAUUUACCAGUCCUGAAUCUUGCUAACCAUUUUCCCAGACCGUGAAUCGAGCGGUUUACCCAUGUAAAUGGUAAACAACCAGCCUCACGUUCAGUUGCUUAGAGGUUGUUAGUUUUACUUUUUCUGCUGGCUAAUUAAGUUACUUUUGAAGUCACUUUUUUGGUUCUCUCACUUUCUUCAAACUGGUGUGACAUCCUCAAUACAGUAGGUAGUCACUUGUGCGAUUUCUUUCUUCGCACAAUGGCGACACAACACACGCUCCUUAAAUGGGCGGUGCUUCGUCUUUUUCGAGAAGCGCGGGAAAACUGGUGGAACUAGGUUCUGUUUAGAUCAUGUUCUCAUUGGUCGAGAAAGUGGCACGAGAUCUUUAAUCCAAUCACAGAAGUUACGAUACAAAAUGAAAGAAAUCACAAAGGUGCGAGUGGAAUCAAAUAAAUUACAAUAGAAAUACGUUAGUUUAACACACAACUCCUUCAUCAAGGCGAGGCCUAGUGUAAUAACUCUUAACAUAAAAAUGAGUUUAUUUGCUCGUGAACGAAAUCUUGUUUUCAUAUGAAAAGAUAAGCGCCGGGACUCGCUUUGAUGGCCUGGUGUUGUACACUGAGUAUCAACAUUUCUUGUUUCCCUUGUGCGUUAACUUUUUGUUCUUGUCUCACGGUCAAGACAGAACUAGAGAAGUGCGGCGGUUACAGCAAAACCUGUACUAGGGGGAGAGUCUGCUUAAUUAUUCAUACCCGUUUUACAUAAAAGAUAUGGAAGAAAAUCUUGGAACCUACCCGACUGCUUUCAGAGUGUUGGCUCAAGAAGGUUCCUAGUUUCUUUUAGCGCUAGGGUGUAACCGUUGUGAAGUUAAAAGUUGUUCUUGUGUUUCAACAGAUCAGCAUAGCAAAUGAUAUAGGUAUUCCAAGUUCCAAGAGUGCAUUGCUCAUUGGUUUCCAGGCUAUCACACAAACAGCUUCACGGAUAGUGUUCGGGAGACUGGGAAGCAGUCCGCGAAUAGACAGAGUCACGUCAGUUCAAAUCAUUGGCCUUGUGCUGGCUAUUAAUGCCACUCUCUUUCCAUUAGCAAGGACUUACUCAUCUUUAGUAGUGUAUGUCGUUGUGUUUGGCUUGUUUGAUGGAUGUCUCGCCGUCAUGUUCGGGAUGGGAACAUUGUAUAUUGUUGGGGAGAAACUGGUAGGUCGGGCCUUUGGAAACCUUUGCUUUGCGGCCGCCAUCGGAAACUUACUUGGUCCUCCUGUGGCAGGUUGGUAUAGUGUUUUAAAAUUCAUGGUCUAAAGGUACUCGACAACCUGUGAGCAUAGCCCCUUUUUCUCAAGAAACACAACAACUUGCAUGUCUCGUCAUAAUUCAAGGUGGCUGCUCGACUUGUACCCCCAGACAAUCCCAGAAAUGAGCGCGUGCUUAGUUUGGGUCCCAGGCUAUCACUCUUUUCCGAAGUGAGCUAUAAAGACGUGCAAUCGGCGUUAUUGGCCUCAUGUAAGGGGAUCCAAGACAGCUGUGGAUUCUGGAUUCCACGCCAUGAAUUCCGGAUUCCGGAUUCUCUGGCAAUGGAACUUGGAUUCCGGUUUCCUAGAGUUGUUUCCCAGAUUCUAAAGCCCAGGAUUCUGGAUUCCAAUUAUAACAAAAUGACCAGACAACCGUGAAACAGCCCCUGUCCAGUUGUAUCGAAGUGGACUAUGUGGAAUGACAACGAGUAUGAGAUUUUCUCAAUACUGAGUAUUGCUCACGCGUGAAUUCGAACCAGCGUCAUUUUGGGGGGGGAAACGUGAUAGCCGUCGUCAUUCUACUACGAGUUUUAACGAGAAUGUCGUAGUUGCGGGAACAAGUUAUCAAAUGUUAGAAGUUUUAGCAUUUUGCAAUCGGGAGAGGGCUUAAUCUCCUUCAAUAACCGGAUAACAGUGCUAACGUUUCUGGUUGAAAAAAAGUACAAUAAAGAAUUCCGGACUAUUAUCGAUUUUUAGUCAAUAUUUAAUCAGUUUACGGUUAAAGCGGCCUAAAGAUAAUCAGUAAGUAUUAGCAUUAGUGUGAUCUAAAAAUCUCAAAUCAAAAAUUUAAGUCUUAAACUAUGUCGGGACUUGUAACAUACAAUUUCUUUUUUCUUCUCUUCAUUGCAGGAUUUAUCUUCGACAAAUUCGGAAAAUAUGAUAUCGCAUUCUUUCUUUGUGGAGCAAUUAUGACUUUCGGAGUGUGUUUGCUGUUUUUUGUUCCAUGGUUAAUGCAAAGAAAACCCGAAUCGUGUAGCGAAGAAAGCGUAAUGAUUCUAAACGACCGAGAACACAUCAAGAGAUCCACUAGUUACGGGAAAACGCCGAGGAUGAUUUUCAGUUACCCCACUGAGGCUGCAUUUUUUUCCAGUAAAAAUCACCAUGACAGUGUAUUACAGCAUAGCGUCUCCAUGGCAGUGCUGAGACAAAGUGACACGCCACCUUUAAUGAUGUCGGCAAUGUAUCGCGCAUGGUCAGCCGCUGCCCAAUUGCAUUGCACGGACUCGCUAAAUGGCUCGUCCGGAUAUGAGAGCGACUACAAUAGGGACACGACAUCAUCGCAAUCGAGUGAAGUGGUCGACAAAACAAUGGAAAGCAAGUUUGGUUCUGUGACUAUAAUAACACCAGCUAUGAGCUUUGAUGAUCUAGAGGUCGUGGUUCAAAAUGAAAGACUUACGAAAGGGGGCUGGAAAGCUGGUUCUAUAGACAUGUUCAGUGUAUUGUUUGAAACUUCGCUAGAAAAUGAAGUUUUCAGUCCUCAAAAGUCAGGAAUUGAGAAUGGUAGCCAUAAGUAA